AUGGCCUUUAAAGUGGAAACAGUUCCAACCAAACCUUAUCAAGAUCAAAAACCUGGUACUUCUGGUUUACGUAAAAGAGUUGCAGUCUUUGAAAAACAGGAAAAUUAUGUUGAAAAUUUUGUUCAAUCUGUAUUUCUUGCAAUUCCAGAAGGUUGCGAAGGUGCUACUUUAGUUGUUGGUGGUGAUGGUAGAUAUUAUAACGAUGUUGUCCUACAUAAGAUUGCAGCCAUUGGUGCCGCUAAUGGUAUUAAGAAAUUGGUCAUUGGUCAAGAUGGAUUAUUAUCUACACCAGCUGCUUCUCACAUUAUGAGAACUUAUGAAGAAAAAUGUACCGGUGGUAUUAUUUUAACUGCUUCUCAUAAUCCAGGUGGUCCAGAUAAGGAUAUGGGUAUUAAAUAUAAUUUAUCAAAUGGUGGUCCAGCACCAGAACCAGUCACUAAUAAAAUUUGGGAAAUUUCUAAAAAAUUGACCGAAUAUAAGAUCAUUAAAGAUUUCCCUGAAAUGGAUUUAACAACUUUAGGUAAGAAUAAGAAAUAUGGUCCAUUAUUAGUUGAUGUUAUUGAUAUUACUAAAUCUUAUGUUGAUUUUGUAAAAGAAAUCUUUGAUUUCCCCUUAAUUAAGAAAUUUAUUCAUGAACAACGUGACCAAAAGAAUUGGAAAUUAUUAAUCGAUAGUAUGAAUGGUGUUACAGGUCCAUAUGCUAAAGCUAUUUUUGUUGAUGAAUUCGAAUUACCAGCAGAUGAGGUGUUACAAGAUUGGCAUCCAAGUCCAAAUUUCGGUGGUAUGCAUCCAGAUCCAAAUUUGACUUAUGCAAAGACAUUAGUUGAUAGAGUCGAUCGUGAAAAGAUAGAAUUUGGUGCUGCUUCAGAUGGUGAUGGUGAUAGAAAUAUGAUUUACGGUGCUGGUCCAGCUUUUGUAUCUCCAGGUGAUUCUGUUGCUAUUAUCUCUGAAUAUGCGAAGGAUAUUCCAUAUUUUGCCAAACAAGGUAUUUAUGGUCUUGCACGUUCUUUCCCAACUUCAAGUGCCUUAGACAGGGUGGCUAAAGCACACGGUUUAGAAUGCUAUGCAGUUCCAACAGGUUGGAAGUUUUUCUGUGCUUUAUUUGAAGCCAAGAAAGUUUCUAUCUGUGGUGAAGAGUCCUUUGGUACAGGUUCUAAUCAUGUUAGAGAAAAAGAUGGUCUAUGGGCUAUUAUUGCGUGGUUAAAUCUUUUGGCUAUUUAUAAUAAACAACAUCCCGAAAAAGUGGCCUCUAUUAAAACCAUUCAAAAUGAAUUCUGGAAUAAAUAUGGUAGAACAUUUUUCACUCGUUACGAUUAUGAACAUGUUUCUUCUGAAGAUGCAGCUAAGGUCAUUGCUCAGUUAAGAUCAAACAUAGAAUCCCCAGGAUUUGUUGGUUCUACUAUUCCAAGUUCUACAGAAGAAAAGUUGACAGUUACUGAAGCUGGCGAUUUCUCUUAUACUGAUCUUGAUGGUUCUGUAUCAGCUCAUCAAGGUUUAUAUGCCAAAUUAUCUAAUGGUGCAAGAUUUGUCACUAGAUUAUCAGGUACAGGUUCAACAGGUGCCACGAUCAGAUUAUACAUUGAACAAUAUACAGAUGAUAAGAGCAAGUAUCCAUUAGAUGCUCAAGUUUAUUUGAAGUCAACCAUCGAACCCGUGGUUAAAUUCUUAAAAUUACAAGAGUUCAUUGGUACUGAAGAACCAACUGUUCGUACUUAG